UGGGUGUGUUUCGUCGGUGGAAGCAGCAGUUUGGGUAAAAUUACCAAGCGGUGAACAUCAGUAUAGAAAAGGAUAUGAAGUCGGUUAUUAUUCUUCUGGCCUUGGUGGCCUUCUGUCAGGCGGCUCCCUUGGAUAGCAAGGAGUCCAAAGAGCAAACCUCCCUGGGCGUGGGUCCCAUCAGUCCCGAUGUGAUCAGUGAGCCCAAGCCCACCGAGGGAAAAGUCGUUCUGCUGAAGGAUAGCCCUUUGAAUCGGCAGAAGCGUGAUGAGCUUAAGAAACCUGACAGUGUAAAGGCUCAUGAGGGACUGCAGCACAAUCCCCAUCGUCAGCCGGUGGCACCUCCACCGCUAGCUCCCGCCAAGCCCGAUAGUGUCAAGGCACAUGAAGGACUCCAGCACAAUCCUCACAAGCGGGAGGCUCACCAUGAGCCGGGUCAUCAGGAGCAGCCUCAGGUGGAGGAAUUGCCAGUGCCCCACACUCUGCCAACCGCCGCUCCAGCCGUUGAGCUGGCCAAGAAGGAGAAGCGUGAUACUGAGCAGAAGCCCGAUAGUGUGAGGACCAAGGAAUCCCUGGCUCACCAUGAGCAUCCAGCUACCUUGCAGGCAGACAGCGUGAAGGCCCAUACGGAUGAGCAUACCGCUGAGAAGAGGGCCAAGCGAGAGGCUCACCACGAGGAGGGACACCAGGAGCAGCCUCAGGCGGAGGAUCUGGCUCACCAUGCGCUUCCAGCUACAUUGCAAGCAGACAGCGUGAAGGCCCAUACGGAUGAGCAUACCGCUGAGAAGAAGGCCAAGCGAGAGGCUCACCACGAGGAGGGACACCAGGAGCAGCCUCAGGCGGAGGAUCUGGCUCACCAUGCGCUUCCAGCUACAUUGCAAGCAGACAGCGUGAAGGCCCAUACGGAUGAGCAUCCCGCUGAGAAGAAGGCCAAGCGAGAGGCUCACCACGAGGAGGGACACCAGGAGCAGCCCCAUACGGAGGAAUUGCCAGUGCCCCAUGCUCUGCCAUCCGCCGCUCCAGCCGUUGAUCUGGUCAAGAAGCAGGAGAAGCGCGAGACUCAGGUGAAGCCAGACAGUGUUCAGGCCAGCGAACCCCAUGCUCCUCAUGAGCUCGGAGCCGCUGACAUUCCGGACGUCGUGAAGGCUCUUUCUGGAGUUCAUCCUGCCUCGGACUUGCUCAAGAAGCAGGAGAAGCGCGAUAUUCCGGUGCCCACUCAGACGAAGGCCACUGCCGAGCCGGCAGACACCAAAUCGGAGGGAGCCAGCACCACGCCUUCAUCUCCUCACUUCAAGCGCCCGGUGCCGGUGGAUGUACUCUUGCACCAGAAGCAUGCCGAAAAGUCCACUUCCAGCUCUGAAGAAAGCAAGGAGAGCAAGGAGAAAGUGAAGGCCUAAACUUCAAUGCCCAAAGUCGCUAAUUGGACCACCACGAGAUUUAUAGUCAUCAAAACUGAUCGAAAAAUAAAAACAAACAAUAAUAUUUACACAGUUACAUAAGCAA